AUGAAGCGUCCUUUGUUAAUCGGAGCCCUUUUCGUGCUGUGUCUGUGCAGCGAGAAAGACCAGAUGUAUCAAGAAGGAGAUCAUUUUUAUGCUUGGACAAACAGAAUUGGUCCUUAUCACAACCCUCACGAAACUUAUGAUUACUUCUCGUUACCGUUUUGUAGACCCGAAAUUCCUAAUAGUAUCAAAUCAAAGAAAGGAGGCAUUUCAGAAGUUCUCGAGGGAACCAAUCUUCAAAACUCGGGCAUUCAGUUUUCCUUCCGCCGAAAUGCGAAUAAUGUCCCCCUUUGCGAGAUGAACCUAAGUGAGGAGGAUGCUCUGAAGCUGCAAAAGGCUAUCUUUAACCACUACUGGUACCAGCUCGAGAUUGACGGUCUUCCAAUUUGGGCGAAGGUGGGAGAUUUGGACAUGACGGACGAGGAAAUUGAGGAAAUGGAGAAGAAAGGAAGUCAACAUGAAGUGAUUCCUAACAAGAGUCGCAUGUACACUCAUCGCUCCUUCAUUAUCGGUUACAACAACAACCGCAUUGUUGAGGUGAACAUGACGUCUUCCAACCCGGUGGUGGUGAAGGCCCACAGUCCUAUGGUGUUGACCACCUCUGUCCAGUUUGUUCCUUCAACCGUGGAGUUCCGGAAUCGGUUUAAUCGCUACUUGGAAUUCAACUUUUUCGAGUCCCAGAUCCAUUGGUUCAGUAUCUUCAAUUCGCUCAUGAUCGUCGUGUUCCUGGCGGGAUUGGUUGCGCUGAUUAUGAUGCGAACUCUCUCUCUGGACUAUGUCCGCUAUUCGAAAGAGUACGAAGCUGAUUCUCUGGCGGUGGCGGCUCCUGACGAGACGGGAUGGAAACGUGUCCACGGAGAUGUGUUCCGUUGCUGCGAACACCUUACUCUGUUCACUAUUUUUAUGGGUAAUGGAGCCCACAUUGCCUUCACCAUCAUUAUCUCUCUUUUGGCGAUCGUGCUGGCUACCUCGUAUGUGGGUCACGACAAGGUCCUUACCAUCGUUUUGGGUGUCUAUAUUGUCGGAUUUAUCGUGAACGGCUUCGUGUCUGGGUCUCUGUACAAGCAGGCUUUCUUCCCCCGGACCUCUCCUCAUUGGCAGCGAGUUAUGGUUCUGAGCUCGGGCUGCAUUCCUCUGAUCCUGGUUGUUGUGUACUCCCUGCUUUGUUUGAUCAGUAUGGCUUAUGGAACACUGGCUCACUUCCCCCUUCGGAACAUUAUUGUGCUGGCCCUGUUCUGGUCAUUCAUCUGUCUUCCACUGCACACAUUGGGCACUAUUAUUGGCCGAUCGCUGCGCGGCAACCCCAACAACCCGUGUCGUGUGGCCUCGCUUCCUUCUCCUAUCCCUACGGCUGCUUUCUACGCACGUCCACACUUUAUCAUUCUGGUGAGUGGCUUGCUUCCUUUUGGAGCGAUUUUCAUCGAGAUCUUCUUCAUCUUUGCCUCUAUCUGGAGUUACAAGUAUUACUAUGUGUACGGGUUCCUUGCCUCUGUAAUUGUGAUUCUCAUUACCAUCCAAGUAUGUGUUGCUAUUGUGGGUACCUACAUUUUAUUGAAUGCUGAAAACUAUCAUUGGAAAUGGACUUCUUUCUUGGGGGGCGCAAGCAUUGGCAUCUAUAUCUUCAUUUACUGCAUAUAUUUCUUCUACAAGACAGAAAUGAAUGGAGUUAUUCAGGCUGCUUAUUUCUUUGCGGAAUCAAUUCUCCUAGUGGCUGCAAUAUCACUUUUCUGUGGUUAUAUUUCGGCUACUGCUUCCAAUAUAUUUGUAAAACGGAUCUUUAAGAAUAUUAAGGUGGAUUAAGUAGUUAGUG